AUCAGAGCCUCUGACUGGGAAGUCCUUCUACUACAUCAGCACACUUGGUAUGUUUGUGUGACCAUCUUAAUGUGAGACAUAAGAACGAACUGAAAAGAGUGGGUAUUGCCAAGAAAUGGUGCACAACAGACGUCUCGUGCUUUUAUGCUGUAUGAGGCAUGAAGAAUAUGAAGCGUCAGCUGUUAAACUAGUCCGAAACAUUAAGGGAUGGACACCCAUCUUCUCCUUCUGAAGCUCAGUAGGUUACAGAAAAUACGGCGCUGACAGACUAUAGUUCAACUAACUUUAACUGACCUUUAAUUGAAGAGACUCUUUGACCUCCCGUUUCAGCCCUAUUCAACCUGACCUCCAGCCCGUGCCAGCAGGUUACUGGCGUCCCGACGCGCUACAGCCCCUUCCCCCUGGCUCUGUGAGAAGUCCAUGAAGGAGAUGUCUUCCAGCCCACCGUUGCCCUGCAAGUUUGCCACCACCGGCUGCCCGCUCACCCUGCGGCGCACGGCCAAGCUGGAGCACGAGGAGCUGUGCAAGUUCCAGCCGUACUCCUGCCCUUGUCCAGGAACACCCUGCAGAUGGCAGGGCUCCCUGGACGCCGUCGUCCCCCACCUGAAGCAGCAGCACAAGUCCAUCACGACGCUGCAAGGCAAGGACAUACUCUUCACGGCCGCCGGCGUCGACCUGCCCGGCACCAUCAACUGGGUCAUGGUGCAGUCCUGCUUCGGUUUCCACUUCCUGCUCGUGUUGGAGAAGCGGGAAAGGCCCCGCGAGCACCAGCAGUUCUUUGCCCUCGUGCUCCUCAUUGGAACGCGCAAGCAGGCCAAAAAAUUCGUCUACCGCCUGGAGCUCAGCAAAAGCUCUCGGCUCCUUGCCUGGGAGGCCUCGCCCCGCUCCAUCCUUGAGGGCGUGGCUUCGGUGAUCACGAACACUGACUGCCUGGUGUUUGACAAGGCCACCGCACGUUUAUUUGCUGAAAACGGCAACCUGGAUAUCAACGUCUCCAUCUGCUACACCUAAAACCUGCACAGGUGUGUGGCUGUUCUCUCUUUUGUGAGAGAGACUGACUGCAUGAUCCUGCCUGCAGUACUGAAGCGCUGUCAUCAAGAGCGGUUCUAAGGACAGGCCCUCUUCAGGGGGGCUUUUUACAACUUUCACUGUGUUCUUAAGGUCU